AUGGCUUCUCAAAUUCAAACACCUAGUCCUAGUGAGGUAACAGUUGCUGAGAUUGAUGGACGACUACUGCAGCUAAAAAAAGCCUCAGAUCCCAAUAUUGAAGUUUAUGUUCGUGCUGAAGGUGUGCUGUUUCCACAACUACAAAUUCCGAACGACCUUAAAAGUCCGGAGACACUUCAUCAAAGUAGACGAGUGAUUGUUCAAAAUUUACCGCCACGAAAUGUUCUGAGUAAGACCGCUCAGAGAACUAAAGAUUUUGUUGACCGUCAAAUCAAUUAUGCGAGAGUCAUUAUUAGCGAUUUUGCUGGAGCAAUUAUCGAUGCUCUUCCGAAUUGUUUAUCUAAUUCAAUCUUUGAUGCGGAUACUACUCGCCAUAUGCAAUUUUUACACGAUAUAAAAAAUCAUUACCCUUCAAAAAUAUUUGCGUGGCAUCCGUAUAUUUCACUCUUCGCAAUAGCACAUAAUGUAGAUGAUAUCGAGUUUUUGCUUCACGUUAACCUCAUUAAAUCAUAUACUAUAGCCUGGUUUCCAGAAGUUUUAGAAACAACUCUACAAAAAGACAUUACAUGCAUGGCUUGGAAACCUAUAGGUGGAAAUAUUUUGGCCGUUGGAUGCCAACGUGGAAUUUGUUUGUGGGAGUUAACAUUUAAUCAAAAGAAAAAUUCCGGCGAAUCAUCAUCAUUCAAUGCGUGGAUGCGCUCAUCUGAUGGAUCAAUCAUACUUUGGAAUACUUCGUUCGGAAAUGGUGUGGCUUUAACAACAAGACACAAGGUUGUGUUUUUGAGUUGGAGCCCGGUUGGAGAGUUUCUAUUUUCAUCAUUUCUAGAUGGUAGGAUUGAAGUAUAUGAAACACAACGAUGGACGUCUAAGACCAUUAAUACUUCAUCACAGAUUUCGUCCCGGCGACCGGUUCAAACUGCAUGUUGGACAGCAGAUGGUCGUGCUUUGUUCUUGUCAUUUUGUGAAGAUCAAUGUAUUCGUUGUCUUUCAAUAUCGCCAAAUCUGGAUGACGAGUGGUUUCCUAAGGAAGAUAUGUCACAUAUUCCGAAUUGUGCUGGAAGAACAAUCGAACAAUUAUCCAUUGAUCCAACUGGUGAGCGACUCGCUGUAUGUUUCAAAGAUACAGCACUGCUAGUAAUCUUUCAUGCGAAAAGACCAACACAAGUUUCUAGAGGUUCUAGUCUUUUGAAUGCCCAAGGAAUUGUGAGAGGACCAUCUUGGAACGAUCUUUCUGAUCCAGGUGGAGCAUUUUUAGCACGAAAUGAUCCAAAAGCAGUUUCAAUCAAUUUUGCGCGUCAAUUCACGCGGGGGGCAUUAUUAAGUUUGGUCA